UCCCAGCGGAACAUGGAUGCAGGAAGCAGCGGAGCCGGCGUCGACACAGGCCUGAGGAUGUGGCUUCUGUGGUUCCUGCUGCCAUCACUGCUGUCUGCAGUGUCGGGGGGGACGGACUCCAAAGCUGUCACCACCACCCUCACAACCAAAUGGGCUGAUACUCCUCUGCUCCUGGAGGCCAGCGAGUUCCUGGCAGAGGAGAGCCAGGACAUGUUCUGGGACUUUGUUGAGGCCAAUCAAAACAUAGAAGGAGAGCAUGAUGACACAGAUCAGGCCUACUAUGACCUGAUCUUGAAGAAAGCCAGUGCCUUGCUAAGCUCCGUCCAGAUGAAGAUGCUGAAGUUUGCGCUCUCCCUGAGGGCCUACUCUGCGACAGUACACUCCUUCCAACAGAUUGCGUCCAAUGAGCCUCCUCCGCCUGGCUGCUCAGCUUUUUUCAACAUCCAUGGAGAGAAGACGUGUGAAGAUGAAAGCUUGGAACAACUUCUGAAAACAGCAUCCGAGCGACCAAAGCCAUUCCUGUUCAAGGGCGACCACAAAUAUCCAGGAUCAAACCCAGAUGGUCCUGUCGUCAUCCUCUAUGCUGAGUUGGGAGAACCAAAUUUCCAGAGGCUUCACCAAAUCAUAUCAUCCAAAGUCAGAGAGGGGCUGGUGACUUACGUGCUCCGCCAUUACCAGGCUAAUCCCAGUGGAAAGAAAGUGUAUCUGUCUGGGUACGGAGUGGAGCUGGCAAUCAAAAACCAGGAGUACAAGGCAAAGGACGACACACAAGUCCAAGGAACGGGGCUGAACGCUACAAUGAUGGGAGAGAAGGAUCCAGUGGACGAGGUCCAGGGAUUCCUAUUUGGCAAACUCAAGACGCUCUACCCAGAGCUCAAAGAACAGCUGAAGGAGUUGAGGAAACAUUUAGUCGAAAGCACGAAUGAAAUGGCUCCUCUGAAAGUCUGGCAAAUGCAAGAUCUUAGUUUCCAGACAGCAGCUCGUAUUCUUGCUGCUCCUGCUGUUGAGGCCCUCAGUGUUAUGAGAGACCUCAGUCAGAACUUCCCAACCAAAGCCAGGUCCAUCACUAAAACAGUGGUCAACUCCGAGAUCCGUAAAGAGAUUGGUGAGAAUCAGAAGUUUUUCAAAGGGACUCUGGGCCUGCAGCCUGGGGAUUCAGCUCUGUUCAUCAAUGGGCUUCACAUCGAUCUGGACACACAAGACAUCUUCAGUGUGUUUGAGAUGCUGCGCAGUGAAGCCAGGGUGAUGGAGGGUCUGCGCUCGCUGCACAUCGAGACGCUCUACAUCCACGACAUCCUGAAGCUCAACGUUCAGCCGUCCGACUCGGACUACGCCGUGGACAUCCGCAACCCGGCCAUCAGUUGGAUUAACAACCUGGAGACUGACCACAGGUACAGCUCGUGGCCCUACAACGUCCAGGAGCUGCUCAGACCAACCUUCCCCGGAGUCAUCAGACAGAUCCGCAAGAACUUUCACAAUCUGGUGAUUAUUCUGGAACCCACCCACGAGAGUUCUGCUGAGCUGCUGAGUGUUGCAGAGAUGUUUUAUGCGAACAACAUACCACUUAGGAUCGGAUUAGUGUUCGUGGUGUCAGAUGAAGAUGACAUCGACGGGAUGCAGGAUGCGGGCGUGGCGCUGGUGCGUGCGUACAACUACAUCAAAGAUGAAGUGGAUAGUCAGAGCGCGUUCGAAGCCGUCCUUUCGAUGUUUAGCCACGUGCCCAUCAGCGGAGAGCUGAGUGUUGGGGACGUGGUGAAGGUGCUGGAGAAGAAGUUCCCCUACGUGGAAGUCAGCAGCGUCCUGGGAGCCGACUCCAGCUACGACAGCAACAGGAAGGAUGGCCGGGCGUACUACAAGCAGACCGGAGUGGGCCCGUUGCCUGUGGUCAUGUACAACGGUGUACCUUACCAGCGUGAACAGCUGGACCCCGACGAGCUGGAGACGGUCACCAUGCAAAAGAUCCUGGAGACAACCUCGUUCUACCAGAGAGCCGUCUACUUGGGGGAACUGGCCACAGAUCACGACGUGGUGGACUACAUCAUGAACCAGGCCAACGUUGUCCCUCGCAUCAACCCCAGAGUGCUGUCCACCAGCAGGACACACUUGGACCUUUCUGAUACCAAUAACUUCUUCGUAGACGAUUAUGCCCGUUUCUCGACUCUGGACGUUAAACAGAAGAGCACCGCUGUGGCCAACAGCCUGAAUUACAUGACUAAGAAAGAUGAUGGCUACAUCCGUCCUGUGACCUUCUGGGUGGUGGGAGACUUCGACAAACCCUCCGGACGACAGCUCCUUUACGAUGCCAUCAGACACAUGAAAACCAGCAACAACGUCCGACUGGGGAUGAUCAACAACCCAUCGGUCGCUCUGUCUGCCGAGACGAGCCACGUGGCCCGAGCGAUCUGGGCAGCCAUGCAGACACAAUCUGCCAACAACGCCAAGAACUUCAUCACCAAGAUGGCCAAAGAAGAGACGGCCACCGCCCUGCAGACGGGCGUGGAUAUCGGAGACUUCGCUGUCGGGGGUAUGGAUUUGUCGUUGUUCAAGAGUGCGUACGACAGUGAGAAAUUCGACUUCCUGCUGUCCCACGCUGCUUACUGUCGAGAUGUCCUCAAGCUGAAGAAGGGACAGAGAGCAGUCAUCAGCAACGGAAGAAUCAUUGGUCCACUGGAGGAAGACGAGGUGUUCAACCAGGACGACUUCCUGCUUUUGGAGAGCAUCAUCCUGAAGACGUCCGGAGAGAGAAUCAAAAGCAAAGUCGAGCAGUUUGGAGUUGAGGAGGACAGGGCCAGCGACCUCGUGAUGAAGGUCGACGCUCUGCUCUCCUCUCAGCCCAAAGGAGAAGCCCGGGUAGAGUAUGACUUUGCUGAGGACCGCUACAGUGCUGUGAAGAUUCGCCCUAGAGAGGGAGAGGUGUACUUCGAUGUUGUUGCCGUCGUGGAUCCAGCCACAAGGGACGCACAGAAGCUCGCUCCUCUCCUACUGGUUCUUAAGCAGCUGGUAAACGUCAACUUGCGGGUUUUCAUGAACUGUCAAUCCAAACUGUCGGAAAUGCCGCUGAAGAGUAUCUACCGUUACGUGUUGGAGCCGGAGGUGACGUUUCAGAGCGACAGCAGCUACUCCCCCGGUCCCAUGGCCCGGUUCCUGGACAUGCCUCAGUCUCCGCUCUUCACCCUGAACAUCAACACGCCCGACAGCUGGAUGGUCGAGUCGGUGCACACGCGAUACGACCUGGACAACAUCUACCUGGAGGAGGUGGAGAAUAUUGUGGCAGCAGAGUACGAGCUGGAGCAUCUUCUGUUGGAAGGCCAUUGUUUCGACGUCAGCUCUGGUCAGCCCCCCCGUGGGCUGCAGUUCACCCUGGGAACCGCCUCUGAACCCGUCAUCAUGGACACGAUUGUCAUGGCUAACCUGGGCUACUUUCAGCUCAAGGCCAACCCGGGCGCCUGGAUCCUGAAGAUGAGGAAAGGACGCUCCGACGACAUCUACAAGAUUUACAGCCACGACGGCACCGACUCCCCGGCAGACUCAGACGACAUUAUAGUCGUGCUGAACAACUUCAAGAGCAGGAUCAUUAAAGUCAAGGUCCAGAAGAAACCAGACAAGUUCAAUGAGGAGCUGCUCAGUGACGGGACCGAGGAGAACGACGCUGGCUUCUGGAAAUCUCUCACCAGAGGUUUCACAGGUGGAGGAAAGAUGGAGGAGACGAAGGUGGAGAAAGACGACGUGAUCAACAUCUUCUCCGUGGCCUCGGGGCAUCUGUACGAGAGGUUCCUCAGGAUCAUGAUGUUGUCGGUUCUGAAAAACACCAAAACUCCCGUCAAGUUCUGGUUCCUCAAGAACUACCUGUCCCCGACUUUCAAGGAGUUCAUCCCCGACAUGGCGAAGGAAUAUGGUUUCCAGUACGAGCUGGUGCAGUACAAGUGGCCGCGCUGGUUACACCAACAGACGGAGAAGCAGCGGAUCAUCUGGGGUUACAAGAUCCUGUUCCUGGACGUGUUGUUUCCUCUCGCUGUCGACAAGAUCCUGUUUGUGGACGCUGACCAGAUCGUGCGAGCGGACCUGAAGGAUCUGCGUGACUUCGACCUGGAGGGAGCUCCGUACGGUUACACUCCGUUCUGCGAGAGCCGGAGAGAGAUGGACGGCUACCGCUUCUGGAAGUCGGGCUACUGGGCGAGUCACCUCGCCGGCCGCAGAUAUCACAUCAGCGCCCUGUACGUGGUCGACCUGAAGAAAUUCAGGAAAAUAGCAGCAGGAGAUCGACUGCGAGGACAGUACCAGGGUCUCAGCCAAGACCCCAACAGCCUCUCCAACCUGGACCAGGAUCUGCCCAACAACAUGAUCCACCAGGUUCCUAUCAAGUCUCUCCCUCAGGAGUGGCUGUGGUGUGAGACCUGGUGUGACGACAGCACCAAGAAGAGCGCCAAGACGAUAGACCUGUGUAACAACCCCCGGACCAAGGAGCCCAAGCUGCAGGCGGCGGUGAGGAUCGUGGCCGAGUGGAGCGACUACGACCAAGAGGUCAAACGUCUGCAGAGCAAAGUCCAAGGGGGAAAAAUCCACAGAGCACAGCAGCAGGACACAGACUCUCACACGGAGCUGUGAGGAAGCAGCUGUGAACUGGACUCUGUUUAAAGAGUCUGCUUCAUGAAGAGAAGCUCCUCCCACUCUGACCACAGACGGAGCUCAACGGUUAAAACUUUUGUUUGUUUGUUGUUUUGUUUUUUUAUCAUGUGUGAAGGGGGUUUUCAGUGGUCGGGUUCCAGAGGAGUUUCUGUAUGCGAGUGUGCAAGUGGUGAGAAUGUGAAUCCUUUGUUUUUCUUCUUCUUUUCCCUGUGGUAGACGUCCGUUUGUAAGUUUGCACUGAUUUGGAUUGUGAAUGUGGUCGAAGCACAAAAAAAGACGUGAACGCUGAAUCUCACCGCCGGUGGAUUCGGAGUUUCCGACAAACCAAACAUCUGGUGGUGGGAAGGAUCUCUGCUCGCUCACUGGGUUAGAACACAGCUGUUGAGCCGUCCUCUGGAUUUUUAAAUGGUACAGGUAGUUUAUAACUCAGCUUAUAAUGUUCUUACAAAGGUCUGGGAAAUAUCAUGAUUUUAUAGUUUUUUCCAAUAGUAAGACUUGAGAUCAAUACGAUGAGAUUUUUCGUAAUCAACAUUCAAAAUAAUGCAAAACAAUAAAGUGUCUGUGCAGUGAUUUAUGAUCAUGGAACAAUCGACGGACCUUCAGGCGCCAGAACCUGAUCACAGGUGGAUCCACUCUCCUGAAGCUUUGGGGGAUUAUUCGGUCUCAAUCUGAAACCCGACAUCACUUUAAACUUCUGUGAAUGUAAUUUCAGAAAUGAGCUGUGACGCUGUUUGUUUUUUCUUUCCUCAUCAUUGUCCAAUUCGGCAGGAAAGUCAACAACAUCCUCAGCAGACAUGAUUGAGGAGUUUCUCGUGGAAUAUUAAUGUCUCUGUAAAUCUCAGGGAAGCAUGAUUGGGUUCUAACAUUUAGAAGAAAAGGGAGCGUUUGUUAUCGGGUGGAGUUUAUGGUUCUGUCAGAGGAGCCGUGAUCUUUGAGUUUGGUCGAAAAAAUUAUGAUUCUCUGUUUCUUGGUGAUAUUUCAUCCUGUUUUUGGCUGCUUGAUCCUUUUGUUGAGUAAAAGUCCCAAAUAAAGACUUGGUCCAGUU